CCCGCCGCCAGAGGGCGCUCUGUCCCGCAGCGGAAGAUGACAUGGACCGGAAGUCCGGCCGCUUCUCUUCCGGGGUGUUGAGCUGAUGUCUGACUCGUAGACUGUUUCUAUAUCAUACGAGGUUAUAUGUGAUAUAUGAGGUUAUAUAUCUGACGGCUGCUCGACCACAAUGUCUUCGGAGCGCCCGCUGGUCGGAGGCGGAGCCGCAGGGAAAGCGACGUCCUCUUCAGUCGUGGCAGGAAACAGGAACUGGGACGGAUCCGGCGGGAUGGACCAGAUCAACGUGGUGAGAAUAGACGACACUCACAUUGCAGAGGAGCCGUCUGACGUCGGGGGAAAGGUUAAAGGCGAAGCAGCGGACUACUACGAGGUGGAGUACUCGAUACCUGCGGAGGAGGAGGCGGAGGAGGAGGAGGAGGAGGACAGCGUCUACGUCAUUGAAUAUUCAAAUCCAGAGGAGGAGGGGGACAGCUACCAGUUCACCAUGUCUGUAGAUAGAUCGCUCUCGGCUAAACGGCCGGUCAAACAUCCAGUGGUCAAAGAAAACGCCACAGCUCCUUUAGCGAUGACGUCCAAAACUCGGUUGUCAUCCAGGCCGAGACAGAUGGUGAAUCAGAAGAGGAAGAUGAGAACAGAAGAGGAGGUGAAAGAGGAGGGAGCUGUGAGCAGUAAGAGCGCGUUGGAGCUCGGAGAGGACGACAGCGACGUGAUGGAGUCGGGUAAAGAACAGCUGGUGUGCACGCUGUGCCCGCCGCCCAAAAGACUCUUCAAGAGGGCGUCAGGUCUGGCCAUUCAUUUAAAACAAAUGCACCUGAUGGAGGGCAGGAAGAAGUUCUUCUGCACGUCCUGCAAGCAAACGGUUCGCAGUCAGGUCGACUUUGAUGCUCACACGCGGCGCCACGCCAACCAGGACGCCGUCUUCACCUGCACCCUCUGCUCGGAGGCGACAGAAAAUAAAACAGGAUCAGAGACGACGGGGUACAAAGGGUCGAGGUUGGGCCUGAAGAGACACCUGGAGAAGGAGCACCCGGGCGCCAUCCCUCGCUGCAACAUCUGUAACAGAGGCUUCAAGACAAUCAUGACAUACCUCGCCGAUCAGUUCAGGCACGUGGGAGUGUCGCCGUUCCACUGCGCCCAGUGUCAGAUCUACGAGAUGACGGAGAGGGGUCUGAGCGUGCACAUCAGAAACCACCAGAAGAAGAAGCAGCAGCAGCCCCGGCCGACACUCGAGGACUUCACCAACACAGAUAACUCGGCAACAGACGACUCGGACUUCUGACGCUGCAGAUUCCACGUUUACUUGUGUCAGUGUUUGUAGAAGCACCAGCUCAGGGACUUCCUGUUUGUCAGAGAGACACGUCCACUCGCUCACUGUGAAGUUUCCAGACAUUUUCCUGCUGUUUCCUCAAACAAUAGACUUGUUUUAUGAGUUCAAACAUUAUUUUUGCCGUCACUGGUAUUAAAAACACUAAUAUCUUUAGUAAACGUAGUAAAAAGUAUGAGAAUAAAAGCUUUUCCUUUAAAACUCUUCAGAUGAUUUGACGAGUUUCUGUUGAAGAUUAAAGUCGAAGGGGCUAAAAUCAGCAGGUUGUUUUGUUUGUGUUUCAUCAUUUUUAACACUUUCGCCUUUUAUUUUAUUUCUUAUAUGAAGUUUUCUCAUGUAAUGUAAUUAAAGGGAAAACUACUGAC